AUGAUAUCAGCCACACGUCGCUGGCUGAGGCGCCAUCGCACUGGUAUAGCCAUCGGCGCUGGCGUUGUUGGCGCGACGUAUUUGGCCGCCCAGUAUGUCCUGGGAAAAAUCAACGAAGCGCGAGAGCGCAUGCAGUUGGACAAGAUUGCAAAGGAGAACAUUCGGCGGCGAUUCGAGCAAAAUCAAACAGACUGUACAAUCACAGUCCUCGCCCUCCUACCCACGCUGACCGAGAACAUCCUGGAAGACCUCCCUGUCGAACAGUUGACUCAUGAGCUGCAACAGAAGAAGGCCGAAAGACUGGCACGUGCCUCAGGGGAAGGAAAAUCCGAAGCCUCAAGCAUGUAUGAUGGCGAUACGGCAAGCAUGUCCAGCUUUCAGACGGGGAGCUUCAUACACGCCAGUCAAUUCCAGACUGAAGGGGUCCAGUUGAUGGGGUCACGUCGGACCAAGGCCCAACUAUGGAAUGAAUUGAAGGUGACUUCGAUCACGAGAGCAUUCACACUGAUUUACAGUUUGUCACUCCUCAUCAUCCUCACAAGAAUACAAUUGAACCUCCUCGGUCGACUAAACUAUCUCUCUUCGGUCAUCUCGUUGGCCCAGCCUCCACCUCCCGGAAGAGCCGACUCGAUCUCGUUGGAAGACCACGAUGACGGAAGCGCAGGGACCGGGUUUGGGAACGACUUUGAAACAAACAGGAGAUAUUUAACCUUCUCCUGGUUUCUGCUGCACAAGGGCUAUGCACAGAUUAUGUCCAAGGUCAGGGAGGCAGUUGAGGAAGUAUUUGGGGGCAUCUCUCCCAGCGAGGGAAUAACAGCCGCUCGGCUCAGCGAACUCGUCCUUGAUGUCCGAAAGCGCGUCGAGGGCGGUUCUGAGCACGAGAGAUAUGCUACCCGGUGGUUGCCGUACGUGCUGCCGCCCAAGGAGGAGGAGGAAGCAGUGUUGAUAGAGUCCGGGGUGAUCACUCCGCCCGCAACCUCUCCAGGCUCGGACGCUCAUGAUCCCGGGAAGGGCGAACACCAGGAACCCACCAUCCGUAUCGACACGUCGACAGGACCACUACGGCAGCUCCUGGACGAGACCGCCGAUUUGAUUGAUUCACCAACGUUCACGAGAAUCCACACCCUCCUUCUCGGUUCCAUGUUUUCGCAUCUCAUCGACACUCGUGUUAUUGCCCAGCUAUACCCGCAACCGAGGCAGCACUCCCCGUCGUCAUCCAUGUCGAGUGCGCAGCAGCCGCGUAUUCAGGAGCUUGACUCUGCCGUCACGGUCGUGCCGGGAGAGCCCCGGGUCAAGCUGGCCAAUAUUUUGGCAAUCAUCACCCGCCAGGCACAUGCGAUCGGGAAUGGGAACAAUCCUCCCAACGAAUAUGUAUCUACAGCAGAAGCUGAAGUCAGGGAGCUCGAAGCUUUCGCCGCUGUCAUCUACGCCAGCAACUUGGACCAGAGUCUGGAGGAGAAUCAGCCAAAUACUGGCGACGGCGGUUUGCGAGCGGCGGGCGGAGUUGGCGUGAGUGACGUCGGCGCUGAGUCGGUUGAUGAAAUGAUUGAGAGUAAAUUGGAAAGUGCAUGGACAAAGGUUGCGGGCGGUUCCAGCUUCUCGUCGCGGUGA